AAUUCAGCACUUUACGUGGAUAGUGAGUCACUGGUUCGGGCCCUUCAAGAGCUGCCUCUCUCACUCCGACUCAAUGUUGCUGCUGAGUUGAUCCAGGCUACAGUUCCUUUAGAGCUUCCUCAGGUGAAACCGAAGAGAAAUGAUGACAGCAAGGGACCAGGGAUGCAGUUAAAGGGACCCUUGAGGCUUGGAGGAAGAGGGCCCAUCUCUGAGCUGAAAUCUGCUGCUGCUGGUUGCUCUGUGUCCAUGGGCAAAGACAGCCCUAGACCAGGUCCUUCAAGGGGUUCUCAUAAACCCACUUCCCCACUGCAGUCAGCAGCAGACCAUUUGGAAGAAGAACUAGAUCUCUUGCUUAAUUUAGAUGCGCCUGUAAAAGAGGGCGAUAACAUCUUACCAGAUCAGCCAUCUCAGGACCUCAAAUCUGAGAAAGAUGGGGAGGUGGCCCAAGAGGAAAAAGUUCCUGCAAAACCAUCUGUGACUGAAGAAAAGAACAUGGAAUCUGAGCAACCAAGUGUAUCAAAGAAUGUUACUGAGGAAGAGCUGGAAGACUGGUUGGACAGCAUGAUUUCCUAAAAAAAAAAAAAAAAAGUGCCUGAAGCAAAUUUUUGUUGCUUUCUAAGUAAAGGUGGACACAAAGCUGUCCUUCAGAACAGCUAGUUUACAAGCAUGCCCUAAACCAGUGUGUUCCAUCAUGCUUACAGCAGUAAAUGCCUACCUCUGUGUUUGACAAUAUUUGAAAGAAACAUUUUAGAGGCUUGUUGGAUUUUUUUUUUCCGGCUUAGUACUCUAAUAGAUUUCCUUAAGGGGAGGGGAUGUUAGGCACUUGUUUCCAGUAUCCUUCCUUGCCAUGUUUACAGCAUAGUAGGUGCUGCUGAUUAAGAGAUAGAUGGAAGCAAGGCAUGCAUUUGGCCAAAAUUAAAAAAACACACACACACAAAAACAAACACUGGCCUUUGAAUUUUUUUUUCUUUCUUGUGUGGGGCCUUAGGCUGUGUGUCUCAUGUGUGUCAGUGUGAUUGCAGAAUCAACCCAAACUGGUGCAUUCCAAGAGGCCAGACCAUGGAUUGGUGUUAUUUUAUUGCAGUGGGCACUUCAUUUUAUUUAUUUGAGAAGAUUCAUUUAA